AAAUUCAGUUGGCGUUCGACCAGCAAAUGCAACGAACGAUUUAUAGCGGCUAAACGGACCACAAAAUACAAUAUGAAGCAAAUACAAAACUUGAGCCCAAGUUGAAGUGAUAAAGCAAAGCACACGCUGCAGCGCUUAAAAGUGCUGCCUACAAAAAUUUGUGUUAAUUUGUGAGAAAAAACAAAAAAAAAAAAAAUUUUAAAAGAAGUGUUAACGGUGAAUGUGAAUUUAAAGUGUUAAAAAGAUACUUUGUAUGAAAACUUUUAGGGACUUAGCGAGCUAAAGCAGCCGAUUGGGCAAUAACACGUCUCAAUUAACACGUGUGUUGCUGCUGUUGUUGGCUUUUUCCAACUUUUUUUUUAGUUUUUUGCUGCUGCGUUGAAAAGCUAAAACUAAAUUAAUACUGAAAUCUGCCACAAUUGGGAUUUCCAAAAGAAAGGAAAAAACACAAAACAAAUGUAAAUAGCGAAAUACAAAAAAUGCGAAAAUAUAAGACCAAAUAAAAGUUGGCAAGCAAAUAAAUUUGAAAACCAUAAAAUCAACACCCACAAUUCGUGAGAGUGCACCGAAAGAAGACAUUAGUCAUCGACUCAUCGAAAAUCCGUAUGUAUAUACCGUUGUGCGGUCUAUCUACAAAUAUGUAUAUAAAUAAAUAAACACGUGAAUGAUAUAACCGAAACAAUUGGCAUUACCGGAGAGCAUAUGCGGACACAAAUAGACUAAAAGUGAAAAAAGUGAAAAUUAGGAGGCAACCCGCGGUUCAAACAAACGAGACUCUCUACUGCAACACACGAAAAUCGCAUAAAUUACGGAUCAGUGAAAAUGUGCAAAAUCGCGACGUUUACAAAAUCCGUUAAGAAAACAACAAAUACAACGCACACACUAACAUUUCUCAAAUCCAAUUACAAAUACAAACGCAGAGUGCACACAAGCAUGACGCAUACGCACGCAACGCCAAGAGCGCGCCAACCACGGCGUCGCGCUGCCAUUGCGGGGGCAGAGGACCGCUGCGCUAAUGCCAAAAAUACAUUAAAUAAUGCAAUUAAUCAAAUAAUCAACACUAAACGAAUUACAUGUGAAAUUAAAUUAAUAUUUAAAUUAUUUAUUUUUUGCGUCGGCCAUCUACUGACGCACGCACCUUGCCAUACGCGCGACGACCGACGCCCGAGUGACAGCGUGGCGCUAACGCAGCGACGACAAGUCGUCGGCGGACGCUUUGAUGACACGAGCCAUCAACGACGAAAUUAUGACAAAGUGUCGAGCAGGCGAUGCCAAAUCGCGCAGCGUCUCCAUCAAUGGAGACAAAGACAGAUGCGUCAACACGCCAACAACAGCCAAACUCGGCUAGCGCCGCGGCAGCAACAACAACAGCAGGGUUUAUAUGUGAGCGGCUUGGCGUGUAAUCAAUGCAGCCGUCGCGGCAGUGACAGCAAUUGGCAAGAUUUAUCGCCGGUGGUCGCGCGGCUGUCAACAAAAGCAACGGCAACAGCAACAGCAACGACAACAACAACAAUGCUGCAACGGUGGCACACAUCGUCAGCGAGUGCCGGGAAUAGACGCCUUAAUGUGCUCUCAACACUGGCGGCAAUAUUAUUUAUGGCAUUGGCAUUCAAUGCGACGCCUCUAGUGGAUGCCGGCGCCUGCUGGCGUUCGUCACAAAGUAAUGGCAAAUGCAGCGAGAUUUACUUGAGGAACAGCACCAAGGCCGAGUGUUGCCGCUACCCGGAGCUUUUCUACACGGAUCGUGAUGUUACCGAUGUAGAGUUCUUCUUCACAACAACCGUUGGUGAUGGCAUGACUUGCUCUCCUUGUGCGCUUAGCUGUAAGAGCAUGCAAUGCGGUUGGAAUAAGAAGUGUGUCAAGCGCAAGGGCCGUCCAAAGUGUGUUUGCGCACCGGAGUGUGGAGCGGCCAAGCGACACAAGCAACGGGGCCAACCGAAGAUUUACCGUGGACACGAAGCACACAACGAGCAGUUGCGAAUGAAUAGACAUAUCAUCGCUGGCGCAUUCGGUGCCGGUGCUGCUGGUGAAGAAGCCGUUGAAGGCGGCAGCGCUGCGGCAUUCUUCAACGAAGGCAAGUCGCCACGCGACAUACGUAGUUUAAGUAGCGAAAUUACAAAUGUUAAUUUAGGUGUUGAACACCAAAUGCAAAUACAAAAUCAAAAUCAAAACCAAAGAAAACUGAUUAUAAUGCAAAGUCAAAGCCAACAGAAGCCUCAGUUAAGUAGACGUGUAGAGAAACCGGGAAGACUUUUAAUAACGGCCAAUGUCGAACAUGACACAGAGAAACCCGUCCAACAGCGUAUACAGAUUAUUAGUAAUGUAAGAAUGAAUAGCCGAAAACAUCACAACCACUUUAGUCGCGACGCUUUCGAUGAUGAAUUCAACGACGAAGAGGAUGACGACGAAACUAACGAAGACGACAACGACGAGGACAACGAUGAUAAUGAUGACGAUGCUUUUGCUGUUGCGAAUAAUGACGACGAUGAUGAUUUGGAUGAUUGGUUGGAUGACGUCGUUGGCGCAGAAUCGACGGGCAAUCAUCGGCGUAGUAGCGAUGAUUCAACAAGAACACCACCGUUGGAGUCACGAAGAACCUACCAUUUGCCGUCUAGACAUAAGGCAAAUAAAAAUUCAAAUCACAACAAGAAGCGAAGACAACAUGAAAAUGAAAUGGAGCUCAGCAAGCGCCAGCAGGAGAAUAGCAACAACAACAAUUUCGCCAUAAUAAAACGUUUUCAACCGGCAGCAGCAUCCAGCGCAUCAAAUGCCAGACGGCUCGAGAACGCUCCAAAUCACGAGGAGGUGUUGCCACCAGCAGGCGAUACGGUGAAUGUUAAUAGUGCCAGCAACGGCAACGGCAACAACAAUAACAACUACAACGGCAAUAAAGGCAAAGGUAAGCACAACAUUGACGGCGGCAGACAACGUGAACGUCAUCACCAUCAGCAACGCAAACGCAAACAUCAGAAGCAACAACUACAACAACAACAUCAGAGUAGCCAUCAGCACAAUCACCGCUCACAUAAAAAGCACAAGAAGCUAAAGGAUCACAAUGCUAACAACAAUGACAACAAUGUGCGCACGCGCACCUCGUCUGCAACAUCCUCGUUGGCCGCGCACAACGAUAACAUACCGAUGGCAACGGCGGCAACAACAACAAUAGCAACACAAACGCCCAUAGUAUCAACAACAAUGGAGUGGCAGACAACAGCUGCUACCACUCCCGUAAAUUCCAUGUCGCCGUCUGAUGAUCGUCGUUUAUUAAAUCACGGAAGUCAUAUUGCAAAAUCAUCGCCGUCGUCGGCAGUGAAAAAGCAAAAAACCGGCACAUCGUCUGAGGCGUUUUUCGGUGCUGAUGCUGUUGGUGCUGGCGAUGGAGGUGUUGCCGCUGACGUUGGCAAAUCAUCUCUUAAUUCAGAUGACUCGACACUACUGGAUGGCAUAUACGAUGAUUUCAAUGUCUACGGAUUCCCGAAUCGCCAAUUUGAAGUAGCGGUAGAAAAUUUCCAUGGCCCACAUCCGGUUUGCGGCACAGAUGGUCGCACUUACAACACGGAAUGUCAAUUGAAGAAACGCGCCUGCCGCACCAACAAUCCAACGCUGGCUGUGGCAUAUCGAGGACAUUGUCGAACUUCGUGCAACGGCGUGAAAUGCCUCAACGGUCACACAUGUGUCGAAGAUCAAUACACAAUACCCCACUGUAUUGCUUGUAAAAUUGAUUGCCCUGAAGAUGAUGCGGCCGCCAUAGCAGCGUUGCCAAUCGAUCCGUCGCGCGCGGUCUGCGGUGUGGAUGGAAAGACAUAUCGUAGUGUUUGUGAUAUAAACCGAAUGAUUUGCAAAAGUGGUCGGUCCAUUGCCGUUGCAUAUCCGGGACCAUGCCGUGACGAUCGUCCCACUUGCAGCGAAAUCAACUGCGGCCGCAAGCACACCUGCCUGGUGGAUUUGCUGACGCUGGAGCCGCGCUGUGUCUCCUGCAGCUACAAAUGCGCGCGCAAGCGUCGACCAACGUCGCUGCGCUUUGAGGAGGGCAAAAUAUGCGGCGUCAACAAUCGCACAUACAACUCGUGGUGUGAAUUGCGGCGCGACUCCUGUAACACUGGCUUUCUCAUCGACGUCAAAGCACCUGCCGAAUGUCAUUAAAGAUGAAUAACGGUAAAAUGGCAUUUAAUAAAAGCGAAAAGGAAAAAAUACAAAAACAUAAAGCGUAGAACGGCUUUCUAUUUGUAGUUGUUAAGAAAAAGGCUUUUAGCAAAAAUCAGUAGUACUAAAUUUACCCACCCAGAUACCCACACACACAGACAUACAUACUCGCACAGCCACACACACACAUAUAUAUGAAAAUUAAACAACAUUAGUUUGUCUUCCAAGCAGCGCAUAUCUCCAAAAAGCUUAACUUGCGGCACUCACACAUCCAUACACACGCACACACACAUUAACAGUUGUCGGUGCGUCUGUAUGUGUUUGCUCUGGCCGCUAAGCUCCUUUUUGUGCCGUAACCCCGUCAAAUUGUUCAUUUUCCACCUUAGUCCUUAGAUACUUCCAAAGAGAAUGUAUGUUUAAAUGUCACACAUACACAUACAAACAUCGAUAUUGACAGUUUUAAACUUAUUUAUAAUAGUGUGUAGUAGAAUGAAGGCUUAGUUUAUGACGUGCAUAUAUAACUAACGACGCUGUAAUUACAUAAGUUAGCCAAUUUAGAGAUUUACAACGACUUAUAAAUGCUUAACGCCCCCACACAAACACACACACACAUCCACAUAUGUAUCAUGCAUAUAUAUAUAUACAUACAUAUAGCGUUGUAUAUAAGUAUAUGGCAGCCACUUAUAACUUACUUAAACACACUUGACCACAAAUCUAAAAAUUACAACAGCAAAAACAUAUCUUAAGAGGCUUUUAAAAUAAACACACACACAAUAUAAUACACAAUAAAACCUACACAAUUAUAAUCGAUCAACACACAUACACACAUACACAUAAACACAUAAAAUUUCCACAAACACCCAUACAUAUUUAAUUAGCGUAAAUGAAUUAGUAGU